GCUGCAUCCAGCUUCCUGUCAACAGUCUUGAAUUGUACUUAAAUCGCAAGCGUGUGGAAAACCUAUUAUUUUCUUAAGAUUAAAUGUCAAUGGGGAAAAUUGACAGAUCAGAAACGUGGGCAGACGUUUGUCUUCUUCAUAAUUUGGCGAUUGGCUUAUUUUGUGGUCUUAAGCGUACAGGGUGAUGGAACUUUCCCCGAUCACAACCCCUAAGCCGUCUGACGUAGUACAGGCCUCGGAAACGCUGUUUGCCAAUCCAGAAAAACAUGAGAGGCAGUUGAGUGGACAGAAAAACCGAUGGCUUUUUGGUAGAACGGAAAAAGAGCAACCCUUAGAAAUUCAUCAUAAUCAGAGUCAGAGAUCAUGGAUCGAGCGCACGUUCAUGAAGCGGGAAUGCUGCAGGUUCAUACGAAGCUCACGCGACUCGGGAAAGUGUUGCUGUGGGAGACCGGAGAACUGGCCAGGUCAUGUGACCCAGUCGCUGGGUGUUGGAUCUGACGAGCGCUGGCACCCGUACCGGCACACAGAGGCCAAGGUCACAGACGCGUACGGUGUCCUGGAAUUCCAAGGAGCACCGCACCCUAGCAAAGCACAGUAUGUACGGCUGAGCAGCUACGACUCGAAGGCCGACCAAGUGCUACAGCUGUUACUGACCCAGUGGGGCCUGGAGCUCCCCAAGCUUCUCAUCACCGUCCAUGGGGGCAUCCUGAACUUUGACCUCCAGCCUAAACUGAAGCGGGUGUUCAGGAAAGGUCUACUUAAGGCAGCCAAGACCACUGGCGCCUGGAUCAUCACUGGAGGAACUAACACUGGUGUUACACGGCAUGUGGGAGACGCCAUCAGUGACAGGUCGCUGAAGGCAAAGAACAAGAUUAUUGCCAUCGGCAUUGCACCCUGGGGCAUUGUUGAAAACAAGGAGGAGCUUAUAGGCAAAGAUGUGAUUGUACCGUAUCACUGCGUAUCCUCGCCUCGAACCAACUAUUCCGUCCUCAACAACAAUCAUUCAUACUUUCUGCUAGUUGACAAUGGAACGGUGGGCAAGUAUGGUGGAGAAGUUAUCUUCAGAAAACGUCUGGAGAAAUACAUUGCCCAUCAGAAAAUCACUUUCACCAAUGGUGUUCGAGGGCGGGGUGUACCAGUGAUCUGUGUGGUACUUGAGGGAGGGGCCAACACGAUACGCUCAGUCCUGGAGUAUGUGACUGACACGCCCCCUGUCCCUGUUGUGGUCUGUGAUGGCAGUGGUCGGGCAGCUGACCUGCUGGCCUUUACACACAAAUACAGCCUUGAUGACGGCACGAUGCCGGAGAGCCUGCGCGACCAGCUGAUCCUCACGCUACAGAAGACGUUCCAGUACGGCCCCGACCAGGCUGAGAAACUCUUCAUUGAGCUCAUGCUGUGUGUGAAGAAGAAGGAACUGAUCACGGUGUUCCGCAUGGGGGAGGGGGCACAGGACAUUGACUUGGCUAUACUGACAGCGCUCUUGAAAGGUACUAACGCGAGCGCACCAGACCAGCUAAGCCUGGCUCUCACCUGGGACCGUGUGGACAUAGCGCGCAGUCACAUCUUCGUAUACGGGCAGGAAUGGCCACAAGGGUCACUGGAGCAAGCCAUGAUGGAUGCCCUGAUCAACGACCGUGUGGACUUUGUAAAACUGCUCCUGGAGAACGGAGUGCACAUGCAGAGCUUCCUGACCAUCCCUCGCUUGGAAGAACUCUACAACACUAGGCAAGGCCCAUCCAACACUCUUAGAUAUCUGGUCAGAGAUGUUAGGAAGCACCUGCCGACAGGGUACCGGUACACUCUGCUGGACAUUGGACUGGUCAUUCAGCACCUGAUGGGAGGGGCCUUCCGGGCGACAUACUGCCGCAAGAAGUUCAGACUUAAGUAUACCACGUUGAAGAGAAAUGCAACAACUCAUGCGACCCUAUACAACAUGCUGAACGCGACGUCCAACUCGCUGAAGAAGCAGGAGGAGGAGUUGUUUCCCUUCCCGUUCCACGACCUCAUGAUCUGGGCGGUGCUGGUGAAGCGCCAGAAGAUGGCUCUGUUUAUGUGGCAGCACGGGGAGGAGGCCAUGGCCAAGGCUCUGAUGGCAUGCAAGCUCUACCGUGGCAUGGCACAUGAGGCAGACCAAGACGACCUGGAGAUUGAAAUACCGGAUGAAAUCAGGAAAUAUGCUCUUGAGUUUCAAACCCUGGCCCUGGAGUUGCUGGAGCACUGCUACAAGAUAGAUGACGACUACACCCAGCAGCUGCUCACCUACGAGCUCAAGAACUUUAGCGACCAGACCUGUCUCAGCCUCGCGGUCGACGCCAACCACCGCGAGUUUGUGGCUCAUACCUGCAGUCAGGUCCUGCUCAAUGACAUGUGGAUGGGCGGGUUGCGUAUGCGCAAGAACACCAGCUUGAAGGUACUGCUGGGUAUCCUGCUGCCCCCGUACAUCCUGGCCCUGGAGUUCAAGAGCAAGGAGGAGCUCCAGCUCAUGCCACAGACCAUGGAGGAGCACCUUGAUGAGCUCAGUGAGUGCAGCGACAACGACAACAUCUCCCUCUCCUCCUUUGAGGACGAUCAGAACGGCUAUAUGGAUGAGAUAGAGUCCAGUUUCACACCCAACCCCAUAGGCACCCCAGGGAAGGAAAAUGGUGUGGUGUACGGGGACCACAGUGUUUACUCCAAUCAGGUCUACAAGAAGAAGAAGAGCCCUCUUAGACUGGGCAAAAAGAUCUACGAGUUCUAUAACGCCCCCAUCACCAAGUUCUGGGCCAACACGAUAUUUUACCUGGUCUUCCUGUUCAUGUACACAUACAUAGUAUUGGGGCAGACGCUGCCUACACCGCGAUGGCAGGAGUACUAUGUCAUGGGAUACAUCGCAUCUCUGGCCCUCGAGCUGAUCAGAAAGAUCAUCGCCUCAGAACCAACAAGUAUCCUCGGGAAGUUCAAGGUGUUCUUCGGCAGCGUGUGGAACGUAUGGGACACGGUGUCCAUCCUGUUCUUUGCCACAGCAGUGAUUGUACGGCACCUCCCUGUGACGCCCCGCGCUGCACGUGUCCUGUACACGGUGAACAUCGUGUUCUGGUACCUGCGUGUCAUGGAAAUACUGGGUGUGAACAAGUACCUGGGUCCCUACCUCAAGAUUAUAGUCAGAUUAUUGCGUGAGAUGUGCUAUUUCCUGAUCAUUCUUCUGAUUGUGGUGGCGAGUUUUGGGGUUGUGAGACAGGCCAUACACUACCAAGAUGAGGAGCCAUCCUGGUUCCAAGUUCGCAACAUGUUCUUCUACCCUUACUUCAUGAUCUAUGGUGAACUGUUUGCAGAAGAAAUUGACACCUGCACGGACCCAGCACGCCAGGAAAAAUUCAAGAACGGUGAGCUGGACGUGGUGUGCACGUAUGGCUCGUGGAUAUCACCUCUCUUCAUGUUCUCCUUCCUUCUGAUGUCCAUUGUACUGAUGGUGAACCUGCUGAUUGCGCGCUUCAAUGCCUGUUUUAUCCGCAUGAACCCACACACAAUGAAGGUGUGGAAGUUCCAGCGUUAUCAGCUUAUCGUGAACCAUGAGCUGCGGCCCAUCCUGCCCCCGCCCCUUAUCGUCAUCAGCCACAUCUACCUGGCCCUCAAGUUCAUCAAGAGACGAUGCCAGGGCAAGAGGGACCACUUUGACUCUGGACUCAAGCUGUUUCUUUCAUUUGAUGACAUGGAGAAGCUACAUGACUUUGAGGAGGAGUGUGCCGAGGACUACUUCAGGGAGAAGGAGCUGCAGCUGCAGUCAUCCUCGGAUAAACGGGUGCAAGUCAUCAAUGAACGAGUGGAGAACAUGACCCUGCGUAUGGAUGACAUUAACCAGAAGGAGAACUUCAUGAUGCUGUCCCUUCAAACCAUUGAUCAACGCAUGUCUGCCCUAGAGGAGCUUGCAGUGCAGAAUGUAGAGGUGCUGGGUCAGUUGCGGUCAAUCAUGUCUCAGCUGGACACGCGCUCUCGCAACAUCAGCGGGUCCAGUCUGCAGAGCAGUCGAGGCCGGCUGGACAGUGAGGGGUCCACUGACCAGACUGAGCUUCAGCAGUAUGAGGACCAGUUCACUAACCAGUCCACGGAACCUGCCAGACGUAGGCGAUCGGAGGCCUCUGUGGUUAAUGAAGCUACCGAGGGAGGAUCCGCCACCAGCAUGCGUGCUAUGAGACCACUGGAGAAACAGUCAAGUCAUAGACUGAGAAGGCGCUCUUUGCAACGGGUACCGGAGAUAUCUCAGGAACAAGAUGCUUCGCCAGACAGGGAGGAAAUUAGGCCUAUCAGCCGGACGUAUUCUCUCCAGGAGAGGCGUCAGAUGUUCAUUCCAAAGUUACGUUUGAGUCUUGCGGAGUCCAGUUCAGCGCCUACAACAGCUGGGAUGCGCCUCAACGAGAACAUUAAUGCAAGUUCAAUCCCACCACCUGGCUCAGCACACAGUGACCGUGACAUGGCCGUGUCUUCCCAGCAACCCACGCCAACAGAUGGCACAGCAUGCCCCAUUCUUGAGGUGACAACAGAUUCUGUUUUCAGCGAUGCUUUUUCUCCAGAAAACACUAGGGUACCGUACUAUACGCAGCAUUCCCUUACAUAUGGCUCAAUCCUGACGUCCCGUUCUGUGGAGUACACAACUAUAACAGACGAGAUUGACACCUCCUGCAUGAUGACAUGCUCUCCGCCCGGCAGCCCUACAACUGCACACACGAGCUCAGAGAAUAUGUGGGGGGAAGAGGACAAACCAGAAACGCUUGUGAGGUUCGAGAACGCUGCGUUGAAGCAGGCCGAGGAAACAGAACAUCGCAGCAUGGAGCACGUCAUCCGCCAUCGGCUGAGAAAGAUCUCGAGGGAUGAGAGCGACAGCAUCUGCGACAUUGCCAAGCUGGCGGUCAGUGAGAUGGACAUCACAGAUGUUGCUUCAGACCACGAGGAGGGGUUGGAAGACGAGGGUAUGUCCGAGGAUGUGGAGAGGGUGGAAGGCGAGGACAAGGAGCGGAUAGAUGGAGAGGACACGUCUCCCUCGGUCAGUACAGAUCCAAUCAUGUUUGUGGCUGUUCCAGUUGAGAUCAGAAUCAGACGAGCCUCCACACUUAAAGAAGAGGAUGAAGAUCCCAAUGCACAGAAGGUGUAAAGUUGAUCGGAUAAUUCAGACAAUAAGAAGAUAAGUGCAUGUGAAGUGCAGUGAAUGUGAACUACAAAGAAAGACUGUUAGAGCUUUAGGUUUGUGUUACUGUAAAGUUUGAUGUUGUUCAUUGUUGAUGAAAACAGUAUUGGUUUAGGAAUAGACUAUGCUAAAUAUAGAUAGUUUGAGGUGCUAUAGAAAUCAACAUUUAGUACAUGUGUGUCAUAUUUGUAUGCAAUACCUUAUUUUAUGAGACACAGCGAAAUGAAAAAAACCUUGAUUGAAGCCCGCGGCCCCUAUAAAUGAUGAGAUGGUGGAUUAAAGAUGGCUCUAGACUGUAGCACUGUAUACCAUUAUCAAUUAUAGAGGUUAUAGUGUGGGUGAGGGGGGGGCUUAAGAGAUGGCACUAUUGUGGCUCUGUAUACGACUGUCAAUGGUAGAGGUGUGGGUGUGGACAGGAGGGGAGUUGUUAGAAGUUGCAUGGUGUCCCUAUAUAUCACUGUUAACCAUAGAGAUGUGUGGGCAGAGGUGGUAGGGGGUAGAGAAUGCCCUGUAUACUUACUCUAAAAUGAAGCAACGCACAUAGUUGCCAAACAAAUUGAAGUGCACAUUCCAUUUGUCUUAUUUUCUGUCAGGAAUCAAAAUUUCUCAUUUUUCUUUUCUCCCAGAAAGUGUUAAGCAUAUAUUUGCCACUUCAUUAUUCUGUCCAAAUUAUAAUCUUGAAGGACUUGAGGAUAGAUUACCUUGUUCUUAAAUUUAUAUAUUGUUUCUUUCCUAAUUGAUGUCUAUUCGUCCUUCUGUCUCUCACACUUUAUUUCAGAGGGAAUUCUUAAACAGUAAUGAUCUGAAUUUUAUGAAACUUAUUUUGAGCUUUACGGUUGACAUGUGCCACAUUGUCAGGACAAUCUUGGUAAAUGAUUUUUUACUGAGUUUUUGUCCUUUGAUGAAUUAUUGUGUCUUGUUCUCAUAAUACUUUUUGUUCUACUGGAGAUCUCAAUAAGUUAUGAUCCAACUUUCAUGAAACUUUAUUAAAUAUUUCAAGGAGUUAUUGCCCUUUGAAUCUCAGACGCUUAUGAUCCAAAUGUUCUGAUGCAUAAUGUGCAGCAACCCAAUUAGAUGGACAAACAUAUCUUUUCUGGUUGUUCACUCUAAAACUUGUAAAGGUAGUUAUUUCCCGUUGAUUAUUAAUAUGACGUUUUUAAAUGUGAUUUUAUGUUUUCAUGUCAGAUAGGAUGGACUAAUCAUCUGAAAUUGAUGAAUCUUUAUAUGCAGAGUUUGCAGGCUCAUAUUGUCAGUUGAUUGCAGGCCAGUGAGUUUUCAGGGAGUUAUGUCCCCUGGAACAAUGUUUUGUUUGCACACAGCCCAUGUUUCGACAAAACCUUUCGUCAGGAAGCAUCUGUCAGUUUCACGGAUAUUUUUGUUAAUUAUUUUAAUUGUUGGUGCCUUAACUUACUGCACACAAAACAAUAUUCACAAGGACCAUUUUUUUCGCAAGUAAUGUUUAUGCAUAAUGUUAUAGUGUUGUCAUAUUUCGCAAGAAAUGGCUGUGUCAGUGGUUCAUCGAUUUUGUUGAGUCAUCUUUGUGGUUUUGUUUUAUUUCUGACACACGUUCCACAAGCUUGUUUUUUUUAUGAAUCAAUGAAUGUUAUUUGUAAAUACACUUAGUAUUAUGUAGAUGUAGAUGUUGAAUUAAAUGUUAACUAAUAGUGUUGGUAAAAUGAGAUUGUUUUUUAUGUCCCCCACUAUAGUAGUGGGGGACAUAUUGUUUUUGCCCUGUCUGUUGGUCUGUUGAUCUGUUGGUCUGUUGGUUGGUUGGUCUGUUGGUUUGCGCCAACUUUAACAUUUGCAAUAACUUUUGCAAUAUUGAAGAUAUCAACUUGAUAUUUGGCAUGCAUAUGUAUCUCAUGGAGCAGAACAUUUUGAGUGAUGAAAGGUCAAGGUCAUCCUUCAAGGUCAAAGGUCAAAUAUAUGGGUCAAAAUUGCUCAUUUAAUGUACACUUUUGCAAUAUUUCAAUAUUUAAGAUAGCAACUUGAUAUUUGGCAUGCAUGUGUAUCUCAUGGAGCUGCACAUUUUGAGUGGUGAAAGGUCAAGGUCAUCCUUCAAGGUCAGAGGUCAAAUAUAUGUGGCCAAAAUCGCUCAUUUGAUGAGUACUUUUGCAAUAUUGAAGAUAGCAACUUGAUAUUUGGCAUGCAUGUGUAUCUCAUGGUGCUGCACAUUUUGAGUGGUGAAAGGUCAAGGUCAUCCUUCAAGGUCAAAUAUAUUGGUCAAAAUUGCUCAUGUAAUGUCACUUCUGCAAUAUUGAAGCUAUCAAUUUUAUAUCUGACAUGCAUGUGUAUCUUAUGGAGCUUCACAUUUUGAGUGGGGAAGGGUCAAGGUCAUCCUUCAAGGUCAAACGUCAUAUACGGGGACAUAGUGUUUCACAAACACAUCUUGUUAGAUUAGAAAUUGUACAUAAACAAUGUAAGAGAACUGUGGCUAUGAAAAUUACCAAGGUAUUGUUGUUUUGUGUAUGAGUAAAAAAAUGUAUAAUACGACUCUUUCAUGUAAGUAGUUUUCACAUUGUGAUAUGAUUUUAAUCUCAUACAGAACAAAUAAUAUGCACGUUAAUGAAGCAUUAUGCAUGUUAAUAGCAAAUGUUCGUGUCCAUGUAAUGAAUGUGGAUAGUCAUGGAAUAUGUGUACGUUCUAGUGUUUACCUUUGCCUUGUCUCUCAUGCCACAAUUAUUGACUCAUUAAUUAUUAAUUUCUAAAGAUAAACAAGGAAUCUGCAUGCUAGUAGUGGCAAGCUUAUUUUACUAUUUAUAAAAAAGCGUUCUAUAAUUGGAGCUGAUUUAAAAAAAUAAUGAGCUCAAGGCAAUUCUUGGCAUUUUAGCAGUUUUUGGUAUUUUUAUGUUCGCCUUUAAUUUUUCUUUUUCCUUUUUACGAGAACCAACAAAUACCAAUAUAUAUAUACAUAUUAGAAUCAACUUUGAUUGUUACAGAUGAAUUAUGUCAUGGAUGACAAACCUGUUCCAUCUAUGUAUGUAAUUGGAGAUGUUGAAGUGUAUCAUUAGUUUUAACUAUGUUUUAAAGAUGUUUGAGUCUAAAGUAUGUGGUUUAACAAUAUGAAAUAUGUUGUAUAUAAUGUUAAGUUUUAUAUAACCAAUACGACAUAAAAGCAAGCAAAACUUAGCACUUAAAAUUAUUUACAGUAUAAUUUCCCAAAAAAUUAAAAAUUUAGUGAAUUAAACAAUUGUUAUUCACACGUGUUAACCACAGUUAAACAUUUGGAAAUUCUGUCAAUAUGUGAUCAUAUCAAUUUCAACUGUUUUGACUGCAUUAUAAUUCUUAUGAAGUUGUUUAUGUUUGUGUAGUUCACAUUCACACAGUUUUGGGUCUCAUUUAUUAUGACAGCUGAUAAUGUGAUCACAAUAUUUUGCAUACAUUGUUAUUUUAAUAUGAAUUUCAUGUUCACCCAUAAAGUUUUAUAUGUGCAUUGUUUUGUUCAGAUGCAAACUCCAUAGUUGAUUUACAUAAUGUAUUCAUAUUUAAGAAGAUGAAUUGUUGUCACCAUAUUUACACAAAAGGUGAAUGCAUGUUAUGAUUAUGCAUAAUUGGGAUCCUUUUUGGUAAAAUGAGCCAAACUUUAUUUUUCAUUAAUAUGUUUACAAAAUAGGAAAGUAUAUUUUAAUUAAUUAAAUGUUGACAUUUUCGCACAAUCGUUGAACACAAUUUCAAUAAUCAAUUUAUUUGCAAAUCUAAUAAAAGCCUAGUUAAAGAAUAUAUUUAUUCAAUUUAUAAAUUUGAAAUAUUAAAUUGUUACUUAUAAUGUUAAUUGUUAUUAAGAUGUUACUUUUACAUAUACCUCUCCUUUAGGAGUACAUUAUUGCAUAACAAAUGGAUUUAAGCAUAAACACAAAUGUGUGGUAUCACUUAUGUGCAAUCAGUAUUAGAAAAUUGUCUUCAGCAUUUACCGGCUGCACAGUCAGUAAUAAUUUGCAUGGUCAAACCUUUCUUUUGAGGGUUAACACAUUAUUAAUUAUUUUCAUGUUAUUGUUUUCCGGGAAGUUGUUGAUUUUUGUCCAGCCCUCUUGCACAAUUUGGCAGUGUUACUUUAUCAAUCAUUAUUCAGUUUUAAAGAAAAUAACUCUGAUUGACCACCACGAGGGCACAACUUGAUGCAUGAAAUGCCCAUCUCUAAAAUUGAAAGGUCAAGGUCUCUUUUGUAGAAAAAGGCAGAUUUGGCCGUAAAAAAUCUUGUUUAGACUGCAAAUCAAUCAUUCAUUAUGCACUUUCAAAAUAACUCGACACACUGUAAGGAGAUGUGGCCUACAACAAUUGUAUCCCUACCUCAAAGAUAACGGAAACACUUCCAAUGAUUUCAAAAUUCAAAUUUUUCCAUAAUUUAGCUUCUUGUCCCCUACCGGUUUCACCGGAGGGGACUUAUGGUUUGCGCUCUGUGUGUCUGUCUGUGAGUCUGUCUGUCACAUUUCUUGAUCCUGCGAUAACUUUAAAAGUUCUUCAUAUUUUUUAAUGAAACAUGAAAUAUGGAUAGAUGGCAUUAUGGGCAUUGUGCACGUCAUUUCAUUUUGUUCUUACUUCAACAAUUAUGGAAACAAAUAUAACAAAAAAAAUAAAAAAAUCUGACAAUGGUGGAGCCGGUAGGUGACAUAUAUUGCUUGGCAAUAUUCUUGUUAAUUCUGUAACUAUGUCAUUCUAUAUGCAAUUUUGACAUAAUUUAGCACAAAAGUUCACAUUCGGGGCUGUGGUUACGGGUAACAAAAGUGGUACUAGCUCUAAAGUCAAGGUCACAAUUCAAAGGUAAAAGGCUGGUUUGAACUGAAACUUACUAAAUGAAGAAGUUUGGAAAAACACUUUGUCUUACUCCUACAUCAUCAUUCAUUGUGCAAUUAAAAAAAAAAAAAAAAGUGUUCAACCUGUGGAGAAGGCUUGUGAUUUUUUGGACAGAGGUCAAGGUAACAUUAAAGGACACAUUUGUUUAAGCAUUUUUAUACGCCCGUUUUAAAAAAACGGGACGUAUUAUAGUUUCACCUUGGCGGCGGGCGUGCUGGUGGGCGUUCGGCGUCCACAACAGUGUCCGCUCUCUAAUUAAAAUAGUUUUCAUCCGAUCUUCACCAAACUUGGUCAGAAGUUUUAUCUAGACAAUAUUUAGGUCAAUUUCAAAUAUGGGUUAUGCUGGGUCAAAAACUAAGUCACAGGGUCACUUAGUGCAUUUUAAGCAUUUAGCAUAGUGUCCGCUCUCUAAUUGAAGAAGUUUUUAUCCGAUCUUCACCAAACUUGGUCAGAAGUUGUAUCUGGGCAAUAUUUAGGUCAAGUUCAAAUAUGGGUCAUGCCGAGUCAAAAACUAGGUCACGGGGUCACUUAGUGCAUUUCAAGCAUUUAGCAUGGUGUCCGCUCUGUAAUAGAAGUAGUUUUCAUCCGAUAAUCGCCAUACUUGGUCAGAAGUUGUAUCAAGACAAUAUCUAGGUUAAGUUCGAAUAUGGGUCAUGCAUUAUACUUGGUCAGAAGUUGUUUCUAGACAAUAUCUAGGUCAAGUUCGAAUAUGGGUCAUGCAGGGUCAAAAACUAGGUCACAGGGUCACUUAGUGCAUUUCAAGCAUUUAGCAUGGUGUCCGCUCUCUAAGUAGUUUUCAUCCGAUCUAAACCAUAUUUGGUCAGAUGUUGUGUCUAGACAAUAUCUAGGUUAAGUUCAAAUAUGGGUCAUGCCGGUUCAAAAACUAGAUCACAAGGUCACUUAGUCAUUUCAAGCAUUUAGCAUGGUGUCCGCUUUCUAGUUGAAGUAGUUGUCAUCUGAUCUUCACCAAAUUUGGUCAGAAGUUGUGUCUAGAUGAUAUGUAGGUCAAGUUCAAAUAUGGGUCAUGGUAAAGUUAUCAAGUUGUCCAAAACCUUCAAACGGGCGUAUAUUGUGACAAUUUGGCACUCUUUUUACCAUUGGGUUUACAAUUUUAGAGACAAGGGUCUAGUGAGUAUUGAUUCUGGGAGCUUUGUAGUGUGGACUUCUGGUUUUCGACAUAAAUCUAUGCACAUCUAAGAUUGAAUAAUUGUGGAUAUUGAUUAUUGUUUCUUUUUGCCAUUAGUUUCAUGGUGCGCAUUUAGUGUGUAAUGAGUUUUAUGUUUGUCAUGCAACGAAUUAUUGAGACUCCAUUUUGAUGUUUUUGUGUCUGUAAAUAAUCUUUCACUCUCAAUACAGUAACAAAUCUAAUUAUAAGGUAUUCUGCAAAUUGGAUGUAUGAAUAAAAUUGAAAAAUAAGUAAAUAUUGAGUUGAAUCAUCAUAGUUUGAUAAAUUUACCUGCUAUUAUAAAUUUUAACAACAAUAAAAGUUAACGAAAUAUCCCUCUACAAAGAAAAUACCAUCUUAAUUGUAUAUAUUGUUUUUAACUAGAUGUAUUCAAUUAUGACAAUGUGUGAUUGUCCAUAAACAGUAUUAUCAAAGUUUUGAUGGUAAUUGUUCAAAUCCCUUGGUACAUCUUGCUUUCAUUAAUUUGUGAACACAAUCAACAAAUGCAAUAAGCAAAUGGGGACAUUUUUGACUACUGUUUUAUAAAUUUCUAACAUUUUAUUAAAUGUCCCUUUUUUAAAUGUAGGUGUUAUAUUUGGGAUAUUAGAUUAAUGCAACACAUUUUAAUAUAAUUAUACACGUACAAAAAAAGUGUUUAUUAUAAUCAUAAAAAUUACUGGAAACCUUUGAAAAACCUUGUGACUUAACUACCUUGCCUGUUUAUAAUUUAUUUGUUGUCUGUUAUUGUCCCCUACUGGUUUCACCGUAGGGGACUUGUGGUUUGUGCUCUGUCUGUCUGUCUGCCAGUCACACUUUUCUGGAUCCUGAGAUAACUUUAAAAGUUUUUAAUGUUUUUUCAUGAACCUUGAAACAUAAUUAGAUGGCAAUAUGGACAUUAUGCACGUCAUUACAUUUUGUUCCUACGUUAAAAAUUCUGUUUGCUAUGGCAACAAAUAGACUAGAAAUACUGCUGAAAAUGGCGGUUUUCUGGAUCCUGUGAUAACUUCAAAAAAUUUAAUAUUUUUUCAUGAAACUUGAAACACGGAUAGAUGGCUAUAUGGACAUUAUGCACGUCAUUUCAUUUUGUUCCUACGUCAAAAAUUCUGGUUGCUAUGGCAACAAAUUAAACAAAUCUGACAAUGGUGGAAUUUCUGACAAUGGUGGAGCCGGUAGGGGACUGUAUUGCUUGGCAAUAGUCUUGUUGCAUUUGUUAUAUGUAAAUAUUUUUGAAAACAUUCUUAUUAUAGUGCUCACAUCUGUUAGCAGUAUGACCAUAUCUUUAGUGAAUAUAAAAAUAAAUCAGUUCUGAUUA